AUGAAAACGCUGAAGACGGGUGGUGCUUUCGGUGUUUCAUCAGGCCAAAGUGUCGGUUUUCUUGUGUCAUGCCUGAAUGCUGGUGUGAUUGGCGCGUCCAAAUUCUCACGGCGUAGGAUCGAUCUAUCGCGACAAGUAGCAAACAAAACGGCCACACGCAGGUCAGUGGACUACAGCAAUGAGUAUGAAAUUAGUGGAUGGACUCCCAGGCCCGGCGGUAAUACCGCAGGCUGCCUGGUAGUAGACCGAGAGGCUAAGAGUUGGGUCAAACACAGUCAACAGUGUGCGGUUCUCCACCUCGCAAAACAGUUGGAUGAAACACAUCUCGAACAUUCGCGCCAGAUUGGGCCCGACGUCUUCUACGGAGGGUGUUGGACGCCACUUUUAAUGGCACAUGGGAAAGAAAUCCUCCUUUGA